AUGAUCACCUUACUUAUUUCGACCUUAUGUCUCUCUAUAAUUCCUGGAGUAAUAUCCAACCCGCUCUCCCCCAAACCAACAGGGACCACGUCGAAACCCCCAACAGCAACCCUAUCAACAAACAACAAAAGCCCGAAGACCAUCUUUAUAGGUCGCUCUCUUCCAGGGUUCAACCAAGAUCUCUUCCUAGGUAUCAAGUAUGCCGACAAGCCCAUCCGCUUCACGCCAGUCGAGCUCAAGAACGCCUAUGCAUCUAAGGAUAGUAAUUCUGGUUCUUAUGAUCUAUCCCACGCAGGACUCAGCCCUUCUUCCAAGUCAGUAUACUACAAUGCGACGGAGUAUGGUAGCGACUGCCCUGCGUAUGGAUCCGAUACCACAACUCUGGUUAAUAAAGGUCUGAUCACUUUGAAUGAAGACUGUUUUAACUUGAACAUAAUCCGACCUAAUGCCGACGAGAGUCAUGGGCUGCUUCCAGUUAUGAUCUGGAUUUUCGGUGGUGGGUGGGCACAGGGCGCUACUGCAGAUCCAAGAUAUAAUAUGAGCUAUAUUGUUGAACAGAGUGCAUUAAAUGGCAAGCCAGUCAUAGGUGUUUCUAUCAACUACCGUCUGGCAGCAUUCGGAUUCCUUGACUCAGAGGAAGUAAGGGCCGAAGGGAACACGAAUCUAGCACUGCGUGAUCAGCGUACAGCCAUGCGCUGGGUGAAGAAGAAUAUCAAAGUGUUCGGUGGUGAUCCUAACAAAAUCACUAUCUGGGGCGAGUCUGCCGGUGCAUAUAGUGUCGGAGCCCAUCUGGUCACCAACAAUGGUGAUAAUGAGGGCCUUUUCAGAGCUGCAAUCAUGGAGUCUGGAAACGCUGUCGGGCCCCCAUACAAUGGAACAGAAUGGCACCAGCCAAUAUGCACCAAUUCUGUGAAUACCCUACAAUGUCUCCGUGAGCUACCCUACGAAACCUUAUACAACACUGCAAAUGAGGAUCUGGAAUGGUUUGCUACUGUCGACGGCUCAUUUAUAACCCAGUACCCCCAGAUAAGUUAUAAACAGGGGAAAUUGACCCGGGUACCUAUCUUGAUAGGAACGAAUACCGAUGAGGGCACCAGUUUCGGGACAACAGGCACAGACACAGAUGAGGACUGCAUUAACGAAUUGACUACGUCCAAGCGCUGGGUCCUUGACCGUUCUCAAGCUACGCAGCUGCUAUCUUAUUACCCUAAUAUCCCCGCCAUCGGGUGCCCCUAUGGCUGGGGAAAUACCACCUGGCCCUCACAGGGACUCAUGUACAAGCGCUAUGAAUCCAUAGCUGGGGAUCUGACCAUGGUAGGGCCACGGCGCAUGCUGGCACAACGUAUGGCCAGCUUGCGCGACAAUGUAUAUUCAUACAGAUGGGAUGUGGCGGCGUUGAAUAGCUCGACAACGAUUGGGGUGCAACAUUUUGCAGAGAUUCCUUUCGUCUUUGCAAACUCAGUGCAGACUAUCACACCGCUCGGAGUCGACCCAGCGCGCUUGGAACUGGGACAGAUGGCAGCGCGGAUGUGGAUGUCAUUCGUGGCGGACCUGGACCCCAAUGGACAUGGUGUGUCUGAUGUUGCCAAAUGGCCGAAUUAUUCGUCCCGCGCGGCGAACUUUGUUUUCCGCUUACCCCGGAAUGAUAGUUAUAUCGAGGCCGACACGUACCGUGUCGACGGGAUUGAUUAUAUCAACAGCAUCGCACGGUGA